GUCCGUGAUGGGCGUGUCGGGGCGCUCCUGUGACCUGCCCUGCUACCUGAAACCACGCACGCCGGGGGACAGACCCAAGCUGAUCCUCUGGUACAAGAAGGGACAGAGGGCGCCCGUCUUCAGCUACGACGGGCGGGUGCCACAGCUUCUGAAGGACAUCCGGGCGGAGGGCGGCGUGCUGACGGUGACGCGGGAGGCUGCCACGCUCACCUUCGAGAGUCUCACCCUCGCCCACGCCGGCCUCUACGAGUGCCGCGUCGAGUUCUUCCGCUCCCCGACCCACACCAGCCUCGUCAACCUCACGCUCGUCGAACCGCCGCGCGUGGUCGAGGUGAGGGACCGACAGAAGGGGCCGCCACAGAACGGCAUCUUGGGUCCCUACCAGGAGGGCGUGAUGGUCGUCUUCACAUGCCUGGCCAGGGACGGCUGGCCGCUGCCGAACGUGACUUGGUGGCGGGGCAAGGAGAUGGUGGACGGCGGCUGGGAGGUAUCGGGGCCGCGGCUGGUGAGGAACGACCUGGUGGUGUCCAAGCUGACGAGGGACUGGCACAACGACACCGUCACCUGCACCGCCUCCAACACCAAGCUCGUGCCGCCCUACUCCGUCUCCGCCGUCGUCCAGAUGUACCUACUCCCCACGAACGUCGCCAUCACGGGGACCACCACGGCGAGGGAGGGCCGCCAAAUUAGGCUCCGCUGCACCUCGCGCGGCUCACGUCCCUCGGCGCGGCUCUCCUGGACACUACAAGGCAAGCAGGUCCCCGCGGAGAAAGAGAACACGGUGUACGGCCGCGUGACCAGCUCCACUCUGCUCGUGAACGUAAGCAGGGCGCAGGACGGGGCCAUGGUGACCUGCCGCGCCGCCAACCCCGCAGCUCCCAGCACGCCGCUUACAAAUUCCACCACGCUCACCGUCCUCU